AUGUCGUUGACUGACGCGGAGAAGACAAAACUUCAACAAAUUUCAAGCAAGAAAUACAAAGAGCAGGCGAUCUGGUUUUUGAAUGCCUACUGGGCUGAGAAUGGUGAAGCUGUAGCUGAGAAGGUUUGGGACGUCUGCAACAAAUUUGCCGAAUUUGAUCAAGAGAAUAAGGCGGAAGGAUGUUCUCUUGAUGAGAUGAACAUUCAUCGAAUUCUUGAAUUCUACCAGAGCCAACAAACCAUUCAACAGUUCAGAGAGUCAUUAAGAAGCCAACAAUUUGAGGUGAAGAAGUUAUAUGCCCUUGGCGUCUAUUUGUCUUGGAAUUACAAAUUGACUUUGAAGAAGUUUGUGAAUGCGCCACAAGGAGCUCAAAGUGCUGAGAUGGCCAAGGCACAAGAGAUGGUCGACCAAGUCGGGAAAUUAUUAGAAGAAGCCAAUGCGAAAGCCACUGAAGCUACUAAGAAAGACAAAGAACUCGAGACUGCUUUGAAUGCGUUGAAGAAGGAAGAGACUGACUUUAAUAAUAAGACGGAGGAACUGAAACAACGAAUUGAGAAGGAAACAGGCGUCGUCAAGAAAAAUAGAGCACAGGCCGAACUCGCACAACAUUUGGAGUCGGACCCACUCCCAUUAAGAAAAGCGAAAAUCACAUGUGAAGCUGCAAAGAAGAAGUCGGAGAAGGCUCGAAAGGAAGCUGAAGACGCUGCUGAAGAAAUGAGAAAAAAGAUGGAAGAGGCCGAAGCGUAUUUGAACGAACAAAAAGCAGCAGCUUCUGCUGGUAUGGGGUUGAUGUGGUGGAUGCAGAGAGAAUUAACAGAAAAGAAGAAGUAUAUGCCAACAAGAAAGGGAGGAGUAGCGAAGAAGUAA